AUGGCUACUGCAGAAACUGAAAUUGAUACAUCACCUAGAGUUACUGAAGUACUGGGAAAAGCAGAUGAAGUACCUCCCGGGAUGAAGAAGACAUUCCUUGUUAAAGACAAGCCAAUACUGGUUAUUAACGAUAAUGGGACGCUUUACGGUAUCUCCGGCCUCAUAUAUUGCGAUGGUAGAAUUCGUUGCACUCUUCAUGGGGCUUGCUAUAACGUAAAGACAGGUGAACUUGAAGAUUAUCCAGCUCUUGACAGCUUGUACACCUAUGACGUGAGUAUUAAUAAGGGUUUGAACAAAGCCCCGUUGUCUUCUGUUAAGAAAGAAGUUUAG